AUGGCGGAUUUACCAUCAACAAGGGUCCAACAAUGCCGACCAUUUUCCAACGUGGGAAUGGAUUACGGAGGUCCUUUCACCAUUAAGGAGAGUCAACGUCGUAACUCAAAGACGCACAAGGCAUAUCUUGGGUUAUUCGUAUGUCUAUCUACCAAGGCUGUGCACCUGGAGGUUGUUACAGACUUGACGACAGAGGCAUUCUUAGCGUCUUUCGAUCGAUUUGUGGCUCGACGAGGGAUUCCGGUGCAGAUUUAUUCCGACUGUGGAACUAAUUACGUUGGCGCAGCGAAACAACUUCAGACAUUAUUCCACGAUGCAGCAACGAAGGAAGCACUUCAUGCCCGAGUUCCAUGUCAAUGGAGGUUCAACCCACCUGCAGCUCCGCACUUUGGCGGUAUUUGGGAGGCUGCUAUCAAGAGUACCAAGUUACAUCUAAAGAAGGUAGUAGGUAAUCAGGUGUAUACUUUGGAAGAGUUAAUGACGCUAAUCACACGUAUUGAAGGUGUACUCAAUUCUCGGCCAUUAGUCGCCGUGUCGACCGAUCCGAACGAUUUAUCUGUGCUAACGCCAGGACAUUUUCUGAUCGGACAACCUAUACUGGCGAUUCCCGAACAUGAUAUCAGCGAUAUUCCUCAGAACCGCCUCAAGCGGUGGCAAUUAGUGAGACAAGCCCUUCAGUCCUUCUGGAAACGAUGGAGUCGGGAGUAUCUCCAUACGCUGCAAAGUAGAAAAAAAUGGUUCCAUCAAAAUCCCAGUCUCGGUGUCGGAGAUGUCGUCGUCAUAAAUUCACCUUCUCGACCUCCGUUGAUGUGGCAACUUGGUCGAGUCAUCGACGUCCACCCUGGUGCUGACCAAGUGGUUCGUGUAGCCACCAUCAAGACAGCGGAAGGGAUACUCAAACGUCCGGUCGUAAAGUUGGUCAAACUACCUACUGACAACGCUUAA